AUGGAAAAUUGCAAAGAGAUUGCUACUUCAAUGGGUUCGGGAACUUAUGUUGAUCAAUAUGAAUAUGGUGUCCCCAUUGAUAUAACAAAAUAUCAAGAUGGAUACCCAUUUGAACCCCCGAAGAUGAAGUUUACAACCAAAGUCUGGUAUGGAUAUGUUGUUUCUGUUCUCUAUCUUGUUGGAUUACUUAACAUAGUGGUUAAGUUUUACAUGAGUAUGACGGUAGAGCACCCAAACAUCAGCAGCCAAAGUGGGGCUAUUUGCCUGGACAUCUUGAAAGAUCAGUGGAGCCCAGCACUGACUCUGAAGACUGCACUGCUUUCUGUGCAAGCACUUCUUUCUGCUCCUCAGCCUGAUGAUCCUCAAGAUGCUGUUGUGGCACAGCAGGGGCUUAAGAAUUUUACUAAGUCAGCCCGGGAUCUCGUCAUGCGAUUGCAGAAGGUCGACGGUGACAAUUACCCUGAGACACUCUGCCAAAUGUUUAUUAUAAAUGCCGGCACUGGAUUUAGAUUGUUGUGGAGCACUAUCAAGUCUUUUCUUGAUCCCAAAACAACUUCAAAGAUCCAUUUUCUUGGAAACAAGUAUCAAAGCAAACUACUCGAAGUAAUUGAUGCCAGUGAGUUGCCAGAAUUUCUUGGAGGUACCUGCUCAUGUGCAGAUGAGGGAGGCUGCCUUAGAUCUGAUAAAGGGCCAUGGAAAAAUCCUGAAAUAUUGAAGAUGGUUCUCAAUGGUGAACCACGCCGGGCAAGGCAAGUAGUAAAGGUUCUCAACAGCGAUGGGAAGGUUAUUGCAUAUGCAAAGCCUCGAUACCCAAUGGUAAAAGGAAGCGAUACAUCUACUGCUGAAUCAGGGUCAGAAGCUGAAGAUAUAGCUUCUCCAAAAGCAAGGAAGAGCUAUUCGAACCUUAGGUUGACCCCUGUUCGUGAGGAAGCUAAGGUGGUAGGAAAGACAAGCUUUGCUAAUAACUUGUCCGGGUAUGAUGAAUACGUUCCAAUGUUAGACAAACCUGUUGAUGCUGAAUGGAAGAGGCAGCAAAGAUUAACAAUGAUUUUCAAUACAGGAACACGUCCUCUUCCUGACAUUCAGAAUACUCCAGAAGGGGUUAAAGCUCGGAUUUGGGUAGCACUGACUGCCUUUUUCUUGAUGAUGAAUAUAUUUAUGGCGAAGAUUGAUAAGAGAGAAUUUAAGCAUAGUUUACUAUAA